GUGACGAGAAGCUGAGACGAUGGUGGACACGGCGGGGAACAAGGCAGCGGCGCUGGUGACGAUGGCGGUGAUAACCAUUGCUGCGGCGCUCGUCCCCCUCUACGUCCGCAAGAUGCUGAAGGGCCGCAUGCACCUGCCCCGCACGCAGAGGGCGCUGAGCGGGUGCCUGUGCUUCGGCGCGGGCGUGCUCAUGGCGACGGUGUUCCUGCAUCUCCUCCCCGAAGCCCGGAUGUUCGUGAACGACGCCAUGCAGGGGGGCUUCCUGCCGCCCACGCCUUACCCAGUGGCAGAGCUCAUCGUCUGCGUGGGGUUCAUCAUCAUCUACAUCAUUGAGGACGUGGUGCACACCUGCGUCAGAAGGUCGUCCCGCGGCAACAAGGACCUGGAGAUGAAAGGGAAAAAGGCACAAGACAAGGACGCCAGGCAUGACAACGCAGAGGAAGGGAGUAAAUCAAGAAAACAAGAUGAAGUGGACGAGAGCUUCCAGCACCUCAUGGAGGGCCAUGCGGAGCACAGAUCGGAGCCCGGGGGCCAUUCCCACGAGCACGGCCUCACCCAGGGGAUCUCCCUCCUGCGCGCUGUCAUCGUGGUGGUGGCGUUCUCCUUCCACAGCGUGAUGGAGGGCUUAGCCCUCGGCCUGCAGGAGACGUCGGCGGGCGUGUGGUUCCUCUUCGCCGCCCUCAUGGCUCACAAGGUCUUCAUCGCCUUCUGCUUGGGCAUGGAGCUCCUGGAGGUCGGGGUAUCCCUGGUUCCGUUCGUGGUGUCCAUGACCAUCUUCUCGCUCUCGUCGCCCGUCGGAGGGGCGAUGGGCGCGCUGGUGUGGUCGUUGUCCACUAGAGACACUACGGUAGGCGUUCUGGUGCCCACCAUCCUGCAGGGGAUCUCUGCUGGCACCAUUCUGUACGUGACCUUCUGUGAGGUCCUAGAGAGAGAGAGAGCCAAGCCCGAAGGCGGCCCCGUGCGCCUGGUGUGUUUCAUCAUUGGUUUUGGGUUCAUUUCCAGCUUACGGGUUCUGGAUGAGGGGUGCAAUAAGCUUACUGCCCCUGUGGCCAACAGCUCGCUCGCUUAGGCUCUGUUCUUUUAG